AUGAGAAAUGAAAUUGAAUAUAGAAAUAAAAGUGAUUAAACUUUAAAAACUAUAGCUAAUCUAAGAAAUGAAAUAGAUAAUUUGAAAUCUUAGUUAACAGAAAAACAUAUAGAAAAUUAAGAAAUGAAAGCUGAAAAUAUGGCAUUCAAAGAAAUCACAGAUCAUAGAUCAUAAGAGAAUUAAAGAGUCAAAAAUGAUUUAGCUCAAAUAUAAGAAACAAAUAGAAAACUAUAUGAAGAUAAACUUAGAUUGGAAACUGAAUUAUAAGCAGCUAAGGAUGAAAGAAAAAGGUAAGAAAUAUUAAAUAUAAGAUAAGAUUAUUGAAUGAUAGAGAGAUUCUUAAUAAUACUUAUGAAGAUGUUUUAGAUAAAUUAAAUGAUAAAGAAAAAUUAUUGACUUAAUUAUAAAAUGAUUAUGAUAAUCUUGAAAAAUAAAAUCAAAUUUAUAAAGCAGAUAUUGAAAAUGUAAUUAUUUAAUAUUAUUAUUUCUUGUAGAUUAAUAAUGAAUUAAAAACAAAAAAUGAAAAUUUGAAAUAUACUAAAAUGUAAUAUCAAGAAGCAUAAAAUUAUAUAUCAUAAUUAUAAAAUGAUUUAGAAGAAAUUCAUAAACAAAAAGAGAAAUUUAAGUAAGAAAGCCUUUUAUACUAAAAAAAUUAUUAAUCUGAAGCAGACACAUGUAUGGAAUUGAAUGCCCAAGUGAUUUAAUUAGAUCAAACUGUUAAACAUUAAGAAAAGACUAUUAUAGACUAGAGAAAUGAGAUAGAACAUUUAAAAUCAUUAAAUAUGGAAUGCUUAGAAACUACAGAAGAGUUAAAUCAUGAAUUAGAACAAGUAAAUCGAAUGAAUGAUCAAUUAGAAUAUUAACAUAGAGAAGUAUUUUAUUUAACUUAAUGUAGGUUAUGGAAGAACUUGACAAAAUGUCAUUGACAGAAGAAUAAGCAGCUAUGGCUAGAGCUAGUAAAUACAAAGAAUUGAAAACUAAAUUAAUCAUGGGAACUAAGCAUUUAAUGUAGUUCCAAUCUCCGUUUAAGAAAUUUUCUACUAACAAAAAGCCUUAGAUGAAACAAUAUGAAUUUUGA